AGGUUGGUAAUGUGUGUGUGUGUAUGAGGGAGUGUUGUGCGUGUAUGAGGAGGUGUUGGGAGUCCGUGUGUAUGAAUGGUGCUGGGUUUGUUAAUGGCAUUAGCACUGCAUUGCUAGCAGAUAACUAAUAAAUGUCUGUUUACGGGAAAGGAAUUUUGAGAGUGUAUGAGAAACAGAAUUUCUAUUUACAUUAAUAUAGAGCCCUUAUGUUGGAUGAUGUGUCUGAAAGCCUUGCAUAGCUGACUGUAACUUAUUUGUAGACUGAAGGGUGGGAGGCAGGCAGAUACUGACCAAAAUAACCUGACUGCAAACAGAUUUACCAUUGAACCGUCUGGUGUAUCUUAUCAAAUCCUCGGGUCCCAGACAAUAAUGUUGUGAAGCUGUCUGUUUAGCUUUGCCAUGUUUGUGCUGAAUCACAUUUUAAUGUGUUGACGUGCAAACAGAAAGCCGGUUUGCUCCCAAGCAUGGAGGCAUCACUAAUUAUCUUCCUUUAAUAAGACUUAUUUAUUGCAAGUGUUUGAGGGACAGCUAGACUUCAGCCCUCACCAGCUGGGAUUCACAAAAGGUCACCAGAUCCUUAGAGCAUCUGAGCUGUGAGCGCGUGAUUUCAUCAGCUUCCACUGGAUGAAUUUGCAUUUGUUUCACUAAACUCAACGAGUCUAGUGACAGAGGACAGACAGUGCCUGAUUCCCGGCCAGUGGAGACGAUCGUGAGGACCGAGUGCUGAGAAGUAGGAAUUAAAAAAAGGUCAGCGAAAGGACAGCAGUCAUGUUGACAUUAGCCAAAAAGCUGAAACGGGAAGAAGGUGUGAAAGGAAGAGGAACCAAUAACCAAAGCCUAGAUUCCACUCGCCGUAUCUCCAUCAGGGAUAAACUUCUCAUCAAAGAGGUUGCAGAGCUUGAAGCAAACCUGCCCAGUACGUGUAAACUGGAUUUCCCAGACGCAAACAAGCUCCAUUCCUUCCAGCUGUGCAUCACACCAGAUGAGGGUUAUUACCAGGGUGGCCAGUUCCAAUUUGAAACUGACGUCCCAGAAGCCUACAACAUGGUGCCUCCCAAAGUCAAGUGCUUGACCAGAAUCUGGCACCCUAAUAUAUCAGAGACUGGAGAAAUCUGCCUCAGUUUGCUGAGGGAGCACUCCAUCGACGGCACAGGCUGGGCCCCGACGAGAACACUGAAGGAUGUGGUGUGGGGACUAAACUCCUUAUUCACUGAUCUGCUGAAUUUCGAUGAUCCUCUCAACAUCGAAGCCGCUGAGCAUCAUCUUCGUGACAAGGAUGACUACAUACGCAAAUGGAUGAAGCCAAAGUCAAAUGGAAGAACAAGGUUUUCUUCACCAUAGAAGAUAAAGUUGUCCUUGCUUUGCAGCUGGUGUCUACAACAACACAUUUAAUAGACUGGCAUACGUGACCAACAUGGUAAAAAGAACCAGAAAUUUUGGGUUAAAUGGAAAUAGCUGAAUUUUGGGAACGGAGUAGCUAAUACAACCAAUCUCGAGGAAAGAGGGAUAGACUACAAUCAAUAUGUAUUGACCAACAAGUUAACAAGUCGAUUGCUCCAUCGCCACCGUGUUGAUCAGAUCAACUCAUUGCAUUGAACUGUACUAACCCGUCGUAAGCAUUCAUUUGAUUAGCUAAAACGUAGAACCUUGAUAUGUAUAAUCUUGCUAAUCUUUAUCAAAAUUUACUAAUUGAAGCAAAUUGAGAGUUUGUGUCAGUUC